AUAAGAUGCUGGCUGACUUGACAGUUCUUCACUUGAACAAACUCCUGUUGCUAACGAGCAACGAUUUCUUCUUGUUGUUGUAGCGCAGCAUUAAACUCUUUGUUUUGGGUUUCGGGAGUGCCGCUGAAAGAUAUAGUGGAACAUUUUAUCCAGCUCCUUGUUGUUUUUCUGGUCCGCCAUGCUCAAGUUGUAUCUGCACCGAGCUCUCGGCUGCAAGUUAUCGGCCGCAUCGUUGGGCGCGACGGCACCGAGGCUGUCGGGAGGAGGGCGACACACUCCCCGCCGUCUCAUGGGAACUCACGGCAGGAACGAGCCGAGGGAGCCGCUUAACUCUCCCAAGAGAGCCAAAGAGUUUAUCUACCGCCUCCAGGCCAGGGAGAGGACAUGUUUGCUGAAGGAGCUGCAGAACUUUGAGUCCAUCGCCAUUGCUCAAGAGACUCUGGAGCCUUCGCCGCCCACCACAGCCCAGAUCAGAUAUGUCGUAUUCCACAACGCCGUUCCCUUUGUCGGCUUUGGUUUCCUGGACAACGCCAUCAUGAUCUCAGCUGGAACGCAGAUUGAGCUUUCCAUCGGAGUCACGCUGGGAAUUUCCACCAUGGCUGCCGCCGCCCUGGGGAACCUGGUGUCGGACUUGGCGGGCCUCGGCCUGGCAGGUUAUGUGGAGGCCCUGGCGUCCAAACUGGGCAUGCAGGUUCCGGACCUGACCCCCAAACAGGCCGACAUGUGGCAGACCCGGGUCAGCUCGCACUCGGGUAAAGCCAUCGGCGUCUUCAUCGGCUGCAUUUUGGGAAUGUUCCCCCUCUUUUUCAUCGGCGACGACGAGGAGAAGGCAGUGCAGCCCGCCAGCUCGGCGUCACACUCCUAACGGGACGCCAUGACACACACUGGACUAGUCAGACUUGCCAGGCAGCAGCGUCACUUCCUGGAAGGACUGGAACAAAUUAGGAUUUGAACAACUGUACAUGUUGAUUAGUCCUAAUGAAAUAUGAUGACAUUACUACCACCACAUCACUGCUAUCAGGAGAACCAGAGUGUAGAGGGGGAGGAGCCACCUGCUUUGGCCCAGCAAGGUGCACUGUAUUCAGGCACACGCUCCGAGCAGCCGGUGUGAAUCCACAGAGGUCUCUGGCAAACCUUUUGCACUUUUUAUGCCCCAGUUGCGGUAGCUACGUGGCUGAUAAGUUUUUUGUGUGCUCGAUGUUUUUUUUUUCCCCUCAUUGCGGAGCAUUUGGUACACACAAAAUGUCUCUGAAGCGGUGAAUGUUUGUUUACAGGUAAGCUCAGGGGAAGUAACAACAGGCCGUUAAUGUCACCGGCAGGAGAAAAAAGGAGUGCUUGAUUUACUCACCCUCACAGCGUACGGGUAAUCUCAACUCAUUGGAGCGUUCUUUUUUGAAAUUAUUGUUUAUGGGAGCUUUUUAUUGGAUUUAUCAGUAUGAGGUCAUAAUUCCCUUAUAUCGUGCAUCCCUACUUAGGAAGUGUCAAUUCUGAUGUGUCUUAAGCCCGCGAGUUCAGUCCAACAUUUUUGCUGUGGAUUCCUGAAAACACUAGAGCACCCCUGCAGCGGUGCACUCUUACAUUAUAAAGGAUCUAAAGCUGGUGUUUUGCAGCAGGUCCUUAAACACAUCAGAGCGCUGCUGUCAUAAAGAACUGGGGUCUCCAACCAGUACUGGUCCGUGGGCGGGGCCAAACCGGGCCACGGGAAACUAAUAUAUACUAUAUAUUAAAAAAUAUAUAUACACCGUUAGAAAGCUUUUGCAUGUUUAUGUUGGUUGUUGCAGGCGGCGAGCCGUACCACUUUGUUCGCCGGUCCUUGAACGCACCAUGUAACUUUGUCCCAUGCUGUACAGAUAGACUACAAGUACUACGCUGUAUUUUUACCCUUUGUCUUUCACUUCAUGUUUGCCCCCAAAUGCUGAUACUGUGUGGGAAUGCAUAAAGGUCAGGUUUGAUGACGUUAUAAAUAUUUAUUGAGCGCUAAUGUAAAUAUUGGUCCUGUCCACCAAGUGAAUUCAUGCAAGCACAUGCUAGCCACAUCAAACAGUGACGUUAUCAUCUUCUCUCUGGGAAACAAACUCCAGCCUUGUACUGGUGGAUGGUGGGCCUGUAUUCAUUUUAUGAUUUUAAUUUGAUGCCGUCGCCGUCUUAGUUUUACACGCCACAAAAGAAAUGAAUAAUAUUUAUUUUGUGUUGAAGGGGUCCAGAAGUGCUAGAGCGGAGUCUGGAAUGGAAUGCUUGUACCUGAAGUGGUUAUAUUGGGAGAUUUUAGAAGCCGGCGGAUAUAAUCCGUUUUUGGGUUGGUUUUUUUUUUUUGCUGAUAUUGGAUCGAUAACCUGAUAUUAAUGGGGGCACCCCUAGUAAACGGUGUAGCGGCCCAACUGCAGUAAGUAAAUUUCUGCAAAGUAGGAUUCAAGACAGUGUUCCCUCGCUACAUCGCGGUUCACCUUUCACGGACUCGCUGUUUUGCAUUUUUUUUUAAGUGCAAUUUUCCAUGUACUUUUAGCAGCGUAUGAAUGAGCAUCGUGUUCUGCGUCCUUCUGGUGUAUUCGAGCGAUGUAUCGGUGCUCUGCCAUAUGUGUCUGUUAUUCUAUUUGCUACUGCUACCAGUAGAGGCUGUUGUAUGCUCAUGUGAUAGUUGAAGUCCCGUCCAGCUGGAGUAAAGAGAUGUCGUCCCUCCACCUGGUCUUACUACGUGUUUACGUGCCUGUACGAGCAUAUUAGAAACCCACAGUAGACAAUAGCCGGCUAAAUAUAGAGCCACAACAGUCCUUAUUGGCUAAGGGAAAACCCACCCACUGUGUUCUGUGUCCUGAUUGACUGACAAUGGUGUACAGACAAUCUCCUUUGUUUUAACAAGGAUACAAAAACGCUACAGCCGAACGGCGCCAGGAUGAUGCACAGUCAGAGGAGUGAAAUACGCAAGGGUCAAACCAAGUAGGUUGAUCAUUAAGAUUCAAACGAAAUGAACUUUGAGAGUGUUUAAACAAGAGAAAAAUGUGAGAAAAUGUUCAUGCCUGUCUGAGAAAAGUGAAUGAAGUGUGUGGUGAGGGUUUUACAGCCUUAAAACAUACAGAAUUAUUGGAAACAAAUAAAGUUGGCUACUUCGCAGAUUUCACUUAUUGCGGGCUAUUUCGGGAACCUCUCCCCGCGAUAAACGAGGGAACACUGUAUAAAUAAAUGGAAUAUUUUCGUAGUUAGAGGGUCCCUGUAACUUUUGGUCAUUUAAUAUUUUGUUUUCGUGAACGGGAAAACAAAACUGGUUUGUUUACUUGAAUUUCAUUUUGAAAUACAGAAAAUAAAACUGAAGUUC